AUGACUAAAAGAAAACAAAAUAAUAACUCAACUUCAAGUGAUAUAGAAACAAACUUCAGAAAUUUAAGCAAUCCAAAAUCAGGGCGUCCAUUAACAGGAGUUUGGAAAUAUUUUGAAAGAGAUGCACCUAAAGCAUAUCUUGCUAAUAGCUAUAAAAAUAUUCCUGAGAAAUAG